GGGAUUCGGCUCCACCAAAUUAGUUCCCUGUCUUGCCCCGCCGCCUUCAACGUCUCCGGCGGCGGCUACCACAACGCCACCCCGACGGCCGCCGUUCGUAAUCUUGAAAAGAAUUGCCGCAACUCAUCCUAUUCGGGUUGCACCAAAUGCCUCGGUGCCCUCCAAAAGGUUACAGGAACGAAGAAUAACGCCACCAGCGACAGGGCGAGCAAAAUGUUCAACAGAGACUGCCAACUCAUGGGGCUGACGUGGCUACUCGCCCGAAACAAAACGACGUUCAUCCCCACCGUUUCGGCCGUACUCCGAGCCAUAAUGUACAGUGCCCAUCCUCCCCACGAGUCUACGUGUAGUCCGGACCAAGAGAACAUGCCGCUGGCCGUCGAUUCGUUACAGAUGGAAAAGGCGCAGUCGUCAUCUCCGUCGUCGAUUUCUCUGAUUCCCAUUAUACCCCUACUGGUUUCUGUUUAUUGGCUUGCUUGGUGGUAGCGGUACUGGGUAAUUAUGGGUUGGGAUCCGUUUGUUUUGUUAUUUUUUUUUGGGGGGUACGCAUGUCGGGGUCACGUGAAACUAGUGGACAAAAAAGGGAUUAUGAGGGGCUUUUUUGUCUUUUCGCAACACUGUAAAUGUCAAAUCUGGGUGGUUUUUUUUCCUAAAUCAGAUGGACACUUUCUCUCU